CUGUAGCCGGGCUCCCACCCCCCGCCCCGAGCCCGCCGUGGGCCCGCACGGGCGCCUCCUUGCCCAGAGCCCGAGCAGUGGCCCGGGACCGCUGCGCGAACCUCAGCGCUGAGGGCGCGCAGGGGCCGGCGCUGACCUUGCGGGCUGCGAGCUCGGUGGCCGCCGUCGCCUAAGGGCAGCGGAGGGCAGCGGCGGCGGCGGCUGGGCGCGAGGGGGGCCGGCCGCUAUCUCCUCGCGGCGCCUCCCUCCGCGGCCUUCCCCGAGCCCUGCCCAGUCCGGGCUCCUCCUUAACCGCUGCCUUCCUUCAGGGCUGCGACGCGGGGUCCGUGGCCGUCCUACUCCGGGAAAGCGAUGCCGAGGCCAGACCUCAAAGCGCGGGGCCGGCCCCGAUCCUAGAGCUAGAAAGUUGUUGGCAUCGCUCCGUGGCAGGCAGGGAGCUGCCCAGGUCAGCGGCUCGGACCGGAACCUUUCCCACGUCGGGUUUUCUUCCUCCUGGGCACGGCGUUAGCAGCCCUCUAAUAAGCAAGGUGAGAGACCUGCUGUUCCCAGAAAUGGCCUAACAUGAGGAAGCCGUGCCAGGUGGGAGCCAGCUGUGAUACCGGAGAUGGAAACAGAUUCUACUAUCCCACUCUGGCAAAACAAACCACAUGGAGCUGCUCGAAGUGUGGUGAGGAGGAUUGGGACUAACCUGCCUUUGAAGCCAUGUCCUCGGGCAUCUUUUCAGACACUGCCCAACAUCUCUGAUCUAUAUUUGAGCGAUGUGCCCCCUGUCCCUACUUUGGCUGAUAUUGCCUGGAUAGCAGCAGAUGAAGAGGAAACGUAUGCUCGAGUCAGGAGUGACACUCGGCCCUUGCGGCAUAAAUGGAAGCCCAGCCCACUGUUUGUCAUGCAGCGCAACGCCUCAGUGCCCAACCUUCGAGGGCCAGAGGAGAAGCUCCUGGCCUUGAAGAAGCCUGGCCUACCAGCCCUGAGCCGAACUACUGAGCUACAAGAUGAGUUAAGUCACCUACGCAGCCAGAUUGCCAAGAUUGUGGCAGCAGAUGCAGCUUCGUCUUCAUUAACGCCAGAUUUCUUAUCUUCAGGAAGUUCAAAUGUCUCUUCUCCCUUACCUUGUUUUGGAUCCUCAUUGCACUCUACAACUUCCUUUGUCAUUAGUGACAUCACAGAGGAGGCUGAGUUAGAAGGCCCUGAGCUUCCAUCGGUUCCCAUGCUUUGUUCUGCCAGCUCUGAAUGUUGUAAAACUGAUUCCAAAGCUGCCUGCAGCUUGGCUGAAGAGGAGGACUGUGUGUCUCUCUCAAAGGCUAGCAGCUUUGCAGACAUGAUGGGCAUCCUGAAGGAUAUUCACCGGAUGAAGCAGAGCCAAGAUCUAAAUCGGAGCUUGAUGAAGGAAGAAGACCCUGCUGUCCUCAUUUCAGAGGUGUUGAGGAGAAAGUUUGCUCUGAAAGAAGAGGAUAUCAGCAUGAAAGGAAACUGAUGACCCUAUCUAUGGCUCCCUAUAUAUGGUCCUUUCUCUAUAAGCUAUUUCACAAGACACUUUCUGCCUUGCAAUUAGCAAUGUCCUUCCACAAUGGAAAAACACUUGACAGGCUAGAAAUGGGAAGAAGAAAGAAAAACUGAACUGCUUCCCCACACUUCAAAUCUUAGCAAAACUUUUAAGGACAAUGUUCUAAAAAAUAAUUUUGAUUUGAGGGUUUGCAGAUAAUCAGUCGUGUUGCUUUGGUUGUUUUACAUGGAAGAACAUGGGAGUUUUUGUUUUUCUUCUGGCCCCAGACUGAUGACUAGCUUUACUGCACUAUCUAUCCAGCUCCUGGUCUCACUGGGCACAUGCAAUAUGCUCCUCAGACUCAACUGUUUCUUGCAGGGUGUCAGGGUUUGGGGAGCCUUGAAGUCUUCUCAACACCAGUUAUAAACCAAGAUUCUUGACCCCUGCCCUCGUGUACCAAUACCCACAGCUGUUCAGGCCUCCUAUGGAUCUUGUAGUUCUAACUCAAGAGCAGGCUGCUGCUGGCAGGCCAGGGCUGUUUGGUUUUUUUUCCCUUCUUAAACACAUUUUGUAAUACUGUAAAGAAACCAAAUCUUCCUAUCACACCCCCAGGAUCCUUUUGGCCUCCUCAUUGCCAUGGCAUUGAUAUCUUGUUCCACUGCCAUUGAAAGAUCUCAGCGAGGAAGAAGGGGGGAGCGGGGGCUGUGCUUCAUCUGGGGCCACUUUUCCUCAUACUCGAACCCAUUAGGUCAUGCCAAAGUCCUCACCCAGCACACUUAAUGCAUGACUCAGCCUUCCUUGGGACUUCUUCAGUAAAGGUGUGCAUGUGUGUGGUGUGUUUGGGUUGAAGCACUACCUGGUAUUAAAAGAAAGUUUCUGAGUGGUUA